CGUCACGAAUCCAUCAUACAGAACACAGUGACUGUCCGUCGAACCGCUUGAGCACGUUUGACGUGGUACGCUCACGCAUACGCUUCAAGCGCAAUUACGCAGAUAACUGGUCACCGGUCAAUCUUCGUGGCAUCUCACAGCAAACACUACGCGAGACACUGGUGGCAAGCUCAGUCGAUCGAAUAGAUCGGGAGCCAUGGCCACGGACGUGCCCCUGGAGGUUUGGGACCAUGUUUUCAAGAAUCUACGUGACAACCCUCCAGCCCUCCUCGCUUGCACCCUUGUUUGUCGUGCCUGGCUUCCAAUCGCACGCCGUCGAGCCUUUCACAGCAUUCAUCUCAGCGGCAGGAGCCACCCCAGGCGCUUCGUGCAACUGCUGUACAUGAACCCGGAUAUCUCGUGUCAUAUCCGCCGCUUAACCAUUCGAUUUCAUGAUCAUUCCUACGACGAACAAAUCUCACAAAUCCUUCUGCGUAUGGUGUAUCUACAGAAUCUGUCUUUCACUUCCACCAUCACGCUCAGUCAUUUGCAAUCUCGCUUUCCGUACCGGAGUAUCUGCACCGGCGGAGCCUUUGCAACGAUCAAGAAUUUACAUCUAGAACACUUGUCCUUCGCCGGGAUGGAUCUUCCACGCAUUCUUCACUCAUGUGUUUGGCUCUCGACCUUGCAUUUGGAAGCCAUCACUUGGAACUAUCUCUACCCAGACGACACACAGCAUUUGAAGCUCGCGUUUCCUGUCAUACACAAAUCAACGAUCACCGAUCUCUGUCUCAUCAGAUGUACACCCAAUGUUGCCCGAUUAUUGGUGUCCGGGCUGUUCCAGCUAGAACUCAGCGUCUUAAAGCUAAGAUGGGAAGAUCAAGCCAAACCUCAUGUCUCAGAGAUUGCUCGGCUUGCAUGCACAUCAUUGCAACACUUCACGUUGUCGAUGCAGGGCAUGAUCAGAAUGAGAUUUCCUC